GGUGUAUUUAAUUUGUGUUUGGUUUUGUUGUAAAUUUCCCUAUCUCUUUGCUCUGUGUGUGUCUGCUUCGUUUCCAGUCCAGUUCCCCAGUGUGAUCCAGGCCCGGGUCUUACAACCAUCCUUGGAUGCACCUAGGUCCAGUUUUCCCAACAGUGACAAUCAAAACAACGUUUUUUGCUGAGUUUACUUCAGUUAUUUGUCUCUCUGUGUGUUCACUCCUGUUGUGGAAAACAUCUCCCCAUCUUCCUGCUCCUCCUUUUGGGCCAACAGUUUCCCAAGUGAAGCCAUGUGUGGGCCACAUGGCUGUGCAGCCCAGGUCUGCAGGGGAAAAUCGACUUAUUAUAAGCCAAUGCCAGAAUCAGGACAAUGAAAAAAUAACCUGCAAAAGGGGAUGGAGGUCGAAGGAAGGACUGACAACACCACGAUGGUUGCUGGAGACAAUCUUUGUCCAUCAAAGACACCACGAGGACCAGGGGACGAGGAGACAAGAUCAAGGUACGAGGCUGAUGGAGACACAGUCUGCUCUGAUUGGUCGAACACAUGCAGCAGGUCAGGUGUUCACAGAGUUCUCAAUGACAUCUGAAUUAAAACAACCAAACCUAUACUUAACAUCAUCAUCACCAUCAUCUGUAACACACAGCAUGACGCAACAACUCAGCCUGGCACAGAACGAGUGUGGGAAAAAAGUACAAUUCAACUUGGCAAACAAAGCUUUACAGCAUGAGAGUGAAUCUACUGGACAAGGUCAGGUGCAGUGGUCAAUUUCUCCACUUGUGCUUUUUGUCCAGAGACGAAGAGAACUAAUGGAAAACAGGACAAGAAGUGGGAAUGAGUGACUAUGUCCAAAUGUACUGCGUCUAUUUUACUUUUAACAUAAAACUUAACUUAAAAUCUCUCUCUUUGAAUAUAUAUAUAUAUAUAUGUGUGUGUGUGUAUGGGCUAUAUAUUUAGUGACUAGGUUUAAUACUUAUUCCAAAAAAUAUUACUUGGACUAAAUCAAAAAUUUACACUGGUUAAAUGUUUGGGCUAGGUUCAGCAUC